AUGGAUGUAUAUGGAGAAAAAAUUAUCCAUGCCCUUGAAGAAGAAAAGGACAGUUUCCUGCAGGUGAAGGGCGUGCUUGAGAAUCUAAAGUCAUCCGAAGGUGAGGGAAUGAACCAAUUGAAGAGCAUGGUUGAGUGUUUGAAGAAAUCCGAAGAAGAAAGGAUGGACCAACUGAAGAACGUGCUUGAUAGCUUCAAGAAAUCCGGAGAAGAAAUAAUGGAACGAUUGCAGUGCGUAGUUGAUGGUUUGAAGAAAUCCGAAGGCGAGGGAGUGGAACGAUUGACGAGCAUUAUUGAUAGUUUGAAGAAAUCUGAAGAAGAAAGGACGGAGCAAGUGAAGUGUGUGAUAGAUAUUUCGGAGAAUUCGGAAGGAAAAAAUAUGGGUCAGCACAUCCUUAUACUGAAGGAACUGCGAAAUGUCGGCAAGAAAAAGGACGAGGAGAUAAAGGCGCUGAAAGAACGGCUCCUGAACAUGUCGAAGACUUUGACUGAAGAGGAAGGACUGAGAGCAAAGAGCGAGGACAUGAGUAAAAGACUUGAGAAGCUACUUCAAAGGGAGCAGUCAAUGCAUCAAAAGAGGGAAGCAGAGUUCAAAGACGCCAAGACUCAGGCUGAAGAUAUGAAGAUUCAGAGCGAGAACCAAUCAAAGACUCUGGCUAAGGAAAAGGAGGAGAGUGCAAUGCAGUUUACGGAGCUGAAGGCACAACAGGAGACUCAAAGGCAUGCAUUUGAGGAGGAACUCAAAAGGGAGGAGUUCAUCCGCCAAGAGAGAGAGAUGGAGUUCAACAAAACCAAAGUUAAGAAUGUGGGUGCAUUAGUGGAGUUCUUAACUGUGGAACUCGAGAAACUGUUCAGUCAAACGGAGAGACAUGGAAAGCGGAAACUUGGCAAGGACGUGCCUAUUGAUGAACCUAGUUCAGGAAAACUGUGA